AUGUCUCCUGCACAGAAACCCCAAGAACAGCCGCCCAAAGACCUCAGAUCCCUUCUAUCAGACCUCGAUGACCGCGCUGAUCGGAUACUGGCCAGUCUCUUCGUACUCUGGGACUUGGACACCAGGUAUUCUGAAAUCGAAAAGAGUGUAGAGCGCCAGGACUAUAUUGAUGUUCUACGCUCGACUACUGAAAAGAUGGGGGCUGACCUGGGAGUCGUUGAACGCAAGGCUGGGAUGUUGGGUUAUGAUAGGUUAUUUGAGUGGAUAGAUGGAGGCAUAAAUGAUGAAGAGAAACAAAAGAGGCAGAGAUUUGUCAUGAGGAUUACAGAGAAGAUAAAGGAUUUGGAGAACCAGAUGGCGGAGGCAAAGAAUGGGUAUUCGGGUGAUAAAUAG